AUGUUAAAUCUUUCUACAUCUGAUUUAGAUAUUCUAGCUAAACUAAAUAUGUCACAGACUACUGACCCUUUUGAAAUUGUAAAUGCUAUUGCAGAUUAUUUUUAUAACAGAAAAAUGUACAGGGAAGGCUUUUGUUUUAUAAAAAGAAAUUCAAAAUUUGCCUUACCUUACGAAUACAUAUCUUAUAUGAUAUAUUUUAAUGAAUAUAAUAUAAGUGGAUCUUUUGAAUACACACAUAUAAUAUUUGAUAUAUUAAAAUAUAAAUAUAAAAAUAUUAAAGAUGUUAUUAUACCUAUUAAAGUUAACAAAAACAUAUGUAGUAGUAAAUGUACUGAUAUAAUUUGCACACAUAGAUAUUGCAGAUAUCAUAAAUUAUUUUCAAAUGAUAAAUCCUUAGAAGAAAUUUUAAAAAUGGCAUAUGAUAUCUUUUGCGAUGGGCCAUUUGAUUACAAAAAAUUACUACAGAAUUUUGAAGAAUAUGAAAGAAUAGAGAUUUUAAAAAAAAUACUAAAAAAAUAUAAUGUGCCUGAAUUACAACAGAUACUACAAAAAAUUAUAAAUGAAAGAAAAAAGAAUAAAAUUGAUAUAAUAAGGUAUGUAUUGUGCCAAGAACCUAUUAAUAUAAGAUAUUUAUAUGAAAUUUCUGAAUAUAAAGUUAUUACAUAA